CCUUUCCUAUUGUGCCGCAACGCUCGUGAACGUCGCACGCAAUCCGAGGGGUGGAAGCGGACCCCGAAGCCUAAACAACACGCCGAGUCGACUUAAAGUGUCCGGAAAAGUUUCGAAGUCUCUUGGAUCGAAAGUGAAAAAGCACUUUAAACUGAACAGCCAAGUUUUUGCUGCCGCUCUUGCCUUGUCAGUGGUCGCGGGAUUGUUGGAACCGAAUCCCAGCUGACUUUGGGCAAAAAGCGGACUACAUCCUGAGCUGGUUGUCAGCUGCGGGGUACGUAAAAAGACGGACAACCAUUGAAAAUCACUUUCACGCUGUCACUGAGUAAAGUUGUUUUGGUGUUUGAUUCCAGAUGAAGCUGCCAUGUUACCGCAGCGCCUUGCUGCUCUUUAUCUUGCUUCCCGGAUCCUGUCAGGGUGGCAACAUUUUGGUUUUACCAAUUGAAGGCAGCCACUGGGUGAACAUGGACAUCCUCAUGCAAGAGUUGCACGCGCAAGGUCACAACUUGACCGUCGUACGGCCCAGCAAGACGUGGUACAUUAAGGACGGCGCCACCCACUACAACACCAUCACCGUCUCCGUGGAAAGAAGCUUGGACCAGAACUUCAUCACCGGCUUGAUUUACGAAGUCAUCGAAUACGAAAGAGGCGCGAUACCUCUCAUGACGUUCCUCCAUAUGACUGUGGGAUUGUUUGGAGAUUUUUUGGAAGCUCACGUGAUGGUGAGCAAUUUCACAACGGCGGUUCUCGACGACCAGGAUUUGAUGAGGAGACUGAAUGACAGCAAGUUUGACCUGCUGCUCACUGACCCCUGCUGGGGUGGAGGGGCUAUUGUGGCCAAAUAUUUGAACCUCCCUCUGGUGUACAACGUCCGCUGGAUAAUCGCCACCGAAGCCCACCUCGCCAUCGCCCCGUCGCCGUUAUCUUACAUUCCCGUCGUGGGAACUGGUAAUACAAACAAAAUGACCUUUCUUCAAAGAGUCAAAAAUGUGUUUGUGUUUCUGAUCGCUUCUACGCAACAUUACCUGGUCAUUAAAAACACGUACCAGAAAGUAUGCGACAAAUAUCUCGGACCUGAUAACGACAUGCACCAUUUGCUUCUUUCUGCUGACCUGUGGCUCAUGAGAGUGGACUUUGUCUUUGAGUUCCCGCGUCCCACCAUGCCAAACGUCAUCUACAUGGGGGGCUUCCAGUGUAAACCUGCCAAGCCUCUACCUGACCACCUAGAAGAGUUUGUCCAGAGUUCGGGAGAUCAUGGAUUCAUCCUAAUGUCGCUGGGGACAUUCGUGAACAAAAUCCCCGCGGAUUUAGCCGACUACAUCGCGGCGACUUUCGCCAAGCUCCCUCAGAAAGUCAUUUGGAGGUAUAAAGGCGCUACACCAUCCACGCUGGGCAACAACACUCUCCUGGUGGACUGGAUACCGCAGAACGACCUCCUUGGACAUCCCAAGAUGAAACUCUUUGUGGCUCAUGGAGGGACGAACGGUGUCCAGGAGGCAAUUUACCACGGAAUUCCCGUGGUGGGCAUACCCUUGUUUUUCGACCAGCAUGACAACCUGCUGCGUCUCACGGAGAGAGGGGCGGCCGUGGUGGUCACGUUAGCAUUGGUGGACAAAGAUGACAACUUCCUGAAGGCCAUCCAAGAAGUUCUUGCUAACCCGUCCUACAGGAAUAACAUGCAGCGGCUCUCCAGGCUACACAAAGAUCAGCCCGUCACACCGCUCGACAACGCCCUCUUCUGGAUAGAGUUUGUCAUGCGGCACAAAGGUGCAGCUCACCUGAGGACUGAGUCCUUCAAACUUCCCUGGUACACCUACUACAAUGUCGACGUGUAUCUAUUCCUGUCUGGAGCUGUGCUGGCUCUGCUUUUAAUGUUAUUCAUCAUGAUCAAAUGUUUGUGCUCUGCAAUAUGUAAGAGGAAAAUCAAACGUGAGUAGAUAAAUCACAAUAUAUGUACGGUGAAUUGCUUAUUUGUGAUUCACUUUUCCCGCAAGGUGGUAAACUUCUCAAGAUGAUGCAGCGAUAGGCCAGGAUGUACAUAUAGUACAUUUGAAUGUUGUGAUGCAAAAAAGCAACAUUUAAUAAGCUUCAUAAACAGUCUCUCAGUUUAAUUAAAGUACUAAAAAAAACCAGCAUGUUGUAAACGAAGUUUUGUGCAAUGUAUUAAAGAUGAUCUUACCUUUUUUGGAAA